AUGGCACUUUCGAAGCAUCUACUAUCUCUUCUACUAGUCAGUGUCGCGACUGCUACCAGCGAUGAUAAGAGAGGACUUUGCUACGUCCACAACAAACAAGAACCACAAGACGACAAGAUAUGGGCCCAGAACGGCGGCGACAUCACAUGGUACUACAAUUACGAAGACCAACCUUCGCCGGUAUACAAAGACAUUUCCCAGGAAAAGUUCGAAUUCGUACCUAUGAUGUGGGGAGUUGGGUCUGAUAACAGCGACACGACCUUUCUUCAGAAUGUCAAGGGCCUUAUAAACGACGGGAUAAACAUCACUCAUGUUCUUGGAUUCAACGAGCCAGAUGCUGGAAACGACGUCGGCGGAAGCAACAUCAAGCCAAAGGAUGCUGCUGAAGCUUGGGUUGCCAACUUUGAACCCCUGGGCGAGAUGGGUAUAAAGCUCGGCCUCCCUGCUUGUACCGGUGGAUGGGGUGGUAUGCCAUGGCUGAGGCAAUUCCUCGGAAACUGCACAGAGAUCAAGAGUCGAGGUGGUCCUAAGAGGAAUUGCACAUGGGAUUAUCUACCUGUGCAUUGGUAUGACAACUUUGAGGGUCUGGCUUCUCACAUUGGUGAACGUCUAGCCGAAUGGCCUAAUGCUUCCAUCUGGGUCACAGAAUACGCUUACGCUCAUCAAGAUCCUAAGCCCACGGACUCAUUCUUUAAGCAGACUCUCAAGUGGUUCGAUGAGUCGGAAUUUAUUGGUCGAUACACUUACUUCGGAGCGUUUCGAUCUGAUGUAUCCAACGUUGGCCCCAACGCUGCGUUCCUUUCUAGCAGCGGCUCGCUUACGACUAUAGGUGCGCAAUAUCUGGGGCUGAACACCACAGGCGAGAACAGUGCCUCACACUCGAAAGUCAGUCUUCCGAGCGUCGGGUGUUUGGCGCUGAUACUGGCUGUGUUUGUUAAGUUGGUUAUAUAG